UCCACCACCCUGUUGAGGGAGCAGCUCACCCAAAAGGGAGCACCAUCGGCUCGGCAGCCGCCAGCAACACUCACACCCCGAUCUUGACGCCAGCCGCCGCACCUCCUCUUCCGCCUCCCCUUCCACCUUUCGGCGCACUCACGGACACACGGACACACGGACAUACAAAUCCAUCACCGCCCGCUCGCCCCUCUUGUCCUCGGUACAAGCGCCAUCCCGCACACACAGCUGCGCCAGUCGACUGGGCUUCUCCCCCUUUUCCCAGCCAUGCAGCGCCCCGGACAUCUAGCCCGGCGCCUGGCUCUGAUGGUGCUCCUUCUGGCCGGCGUGCUCCUGGCCGAGCAUGGUCGAGCGGCCGACGCACCCGACCGGGGAAUAGCCUCGCCCGCGGCCGACGCCGGUGACGAGAGCAUCGCCCUGCCGGACCUGCCGGACAGCUGGGACGACUGGCUGCACUGGAUCCGGACAUGGCCGCCGGUGGACCAACUACUGGAGGAUCUUGGCGCCUUGCGUCUGACACGCAUCAUGGGCCUGCCGGACCCGCGGGUGGCGGCCAAAAACUCCCCUUGGGGCGUGGGGCACCUGGACCUCGCCGAACGCGGCAUCAUCAGCCCCCUGCCGGCACACGCAUCCCAGUGGCUCGCGAGCACCGUACGCUUCCAAGGCCAUCUGGCCCGCGAUGAGCCGCUCCACUUGCUACCCCACAUCUGCGCGCACAACGCCUAUGGCAGCUAUUCGCGGCUCGCCUCCCGCACGCGCUUUUGGAUCCAAUCCCCCCUCCUCGGCGGCGGGGUCAUCCCUCACAAUCAGGUCCUUUCUCUGACUGAGCUGCUGGAGGUUGGCGUCCGGCGCCUGGAGCUGGAUGUGCAUUACGUCCCGGGGCUGCUGCCCCACGCGCCCGGGCUGGAGCCCCUGCGCCUGUGCCACGGCGGCCGAGCUGCCGCACAGUUGUGCCCCGCCGUGGUUGGAGCGUUUCCCAUGCUGAGUUGCCGGGAUCUGACCGGCUACUUUGACCUUGGGCACCACACCGGCUGCACGCCGGAGUCCCAAUCGUGGCACGGCGGCCUCCAGGAGAUUGCCUCGUGGCUGAAGGACCCGCGCAACAGGGAUGAGAUUGUCUUCCUGGAGAUCGAGGACAUCAUGCAGGGCGCCAGCGAGGAGGAGUUCCUGGGCCCGCUUUUGGCGGCCUUCACCUCCGGGGUAGGCGGGACCCCGGGCGACAUGCUCUUCCGGCCGGCGGAUCUGGCAGCCUGGCAAGCGACCCAGAUCUCGUCGGCAACUGCCAUGCAGCACUGGCCGUCGCACAAUCAGCUCCGACAGAUGGUCCCCCACGCCCGGGUGGUGUUCUUCGGCCCGAGCUCCGAGGUGAACUCUCUCCACCGGCGCUGGCCAGAGACUCGGGUGUGGAUGCACAACCUGGAGCCGGCAUUCGACUAUCCAGACAACAUGGUCAAGGAACAUGAAUCCCGGGGCGGAUGCACGCUGGAGCAAUUCCGGAGGGCGGCUGCGGGGCAAGCCGUCGCCGGGACCCCGGCGAGCAAGCACACUCAAGAGGCCCUGCUCUUCGAUCGAAUCUACGAAGACCGGACCAAGGUGUCGAUCAACAUCGUGCGCAACAACAUCGUCGACUAUGUGGGCCGGCGCGAUGUCGGCAUGCUCACACCGACCCUGGUGACCGACAUCAUGCAGUGCCGGGCGUCUGCAUGUGCCGAUCAUCUUACCGAGCAGCGGGUGGCCCAGCAGUACGUGUGGUCCUUUGCGCCGGGACAUGGGCAUCGUGCCUGCCGGCCCGGGGGCGUGCACACUGCCAUGGUUUUGGCCGGCUGGGCGGCCGUCGGCCCGGAAUUUGCUGCCCUCGAGACGGACUACCCGGCGGCGCCGAGAGCCCUGACCGAGGGCCAGCGCCUGGCCCUGUCUCGCGCUCUUGGGUCUGCGGUGGGCCGGCGCCUGACGCACAUCGGUGGCCUGGAGGUGGAGGAACUGGCCAUCGUGCCGGCCGGCCGCUGGGUCACCAUCGGGACCCAUGCCAAGGGCGCCGCGACGGCCAUCCAGCGGGAGGUGUCCGACCCGCUGGCCCUGCCGGUAGCCUGCCGCAACAGGGUCUCCGGCGAGUGGCAUCUCACCACGAAGCAUCACCGUGCCAGCGACAAUCGAGCAAAUGCAUGCGAAGAGCUCGCCCGGCAGAUCGGCAUCGGGCCGAAGUUGCUGGUCGCCGCCUAUCCAACGACACCGCACGAGAACCGUCUGCUGAUUGAGGCGGCUGCCAGCUCGGACGUGGCCAUCGGCAUGGUCUGGAUCGGCACCCCGGUGAUCGACAUCACGCUCGCCGAGGCCAGUCGCAUCCGCCAGGACGCCAGUCACGAAUGCCACACCCGGUGGAGCGACAUCUUCCCCUCCGAGGGUCUGUUGACCUUUCGCGAAGCGUCCGAGGUUCUUCAGCUGCAGGCCAACUCCGCCAGGCCUUCGAUCGCCGGGGCUUCAGUGCGUCUGAUCUCCCUGGCUCGGCUGCAGGAGGCCCUCUCGCGUGGGGCGUCCUUCCUGGCGACGGCCGCCGCAUCGCUCAAUGGUCCGGCAAGGCAGCAGCAGCAGCACCAUCAACAAAAGUCCCAGUCCAUGGCUGGAGCCGCGAGUGACGCCGUGUCGGCCGCCGUCCUCCGGGACCUUGAGGCCACUUUGCGGUACUUUGUUCUGCAGCAGCGACCGCCCGGCCUGGCGGAGGCAGCCAAACUGUCGACCAUCGACCCGGCCCCUGGGCAGGGGGAACAACCGGACGCCGGGAAGUCCUCCUCAUGGGUGGGAGACCUUGUCGGCGCUCCAUCGGAACUUCUCCUGUGGGCUGGCCUGCUGGUGGCCUUGGCCCAGUCCUCGUUUACACUCCUUCUCUGAGCCGGGCAAAUGACCGGCGGGCAGGGAACCCAUUCGCUGAGCGAGGGGUUGGGUGAGCCGAGCGCCGAGGAGGACCUGUUGCAUGUGCCGACUAGAGGGCCUACGGUGACAGUCUUGCCUCGGCGUGGGGAUUGCUCUCAGAGCAGCCGCGCCACCAAGUAGGCCGGAUUACCGACGAGCACACCCAAUCACACACACACACACACACA